GUAGCUGCGGCCACCGCUCCCUGCUCCUCCUCCGCCUCCGUGAAGCGCCCUCCACCCCGCCCUCUCCCCGCCCGGGACCGAGUCUGGUGGCCACAAAAUGGCGGAUGGGGAGCUGAACGUGGACAGCCUCAUCACCCGGCUGCUGGAAGUACGAGGAUGUCGUCCUGGGAAGAUCGUUCAGAUGACCGAAGCAGAAGUUCGGGGCUUGUGCAUAAAAUCACGGGAAAUAUUUCUUAGCCAGCCUAUUCUCCUGGAACUAGAGGCACCUCUGAAAAUUUGUGGUGAUAUUCAUGGUCAGUAUACAGACUUGCUUCGAUUAUUUGAAUAUGGAGGAUUCCCACCGGAAGCUAAUUACCUUUUCCUUGGAGAUUAUGUAGACAGAGGCAAACAGUCUCUGGAAACAAUUUGCCUAUUACUGGCAUAUAAAAUCAAGUACCCGGAAAACUUCUUUCUCUUAAGAGGAAAUCAUGAGUGUGCUAGCAUCAAUCGGAUCUAUGGAUUCUAUGAUGAAUGCAAGCGGAGAUUUAACAUUAAGCUGUGGAAGACCUUCACAGACUGUUUUAACUGUCUGCCUAUUGCAGCCAUUGUGGAUGAGAAGAUCUUCUGUUGUCAUGGAGGACUGUCUCCAGAUCUCCAGUCAAUGGAGCAGAUCCGGAGAAUUAUGAGACCUACAGAUGUUCCUGACACAGGCUUGCUGUGUGACCUGCUGUGGUCUGACCCAGACAAGGAUGUGCAAGGUUGGGGUGAAAAUGAUCGUGGGGUCUCUUUCACUUUUGGUGCUGAUGUGGUCAGUAAAUUUCUGAAUCGUCAUGAUCUGGAUUUGAUCUGUCGAGCUCACCAGGUGGUUGAAGAUGGAUAUGAAUUCUUUGCUAAACGGCAGUUGGUCACCCUAUUCUCAGCUCCAAAUUAUUGUGGAGAGUUUGACAAUGCAGGAGGCAUGAUGAGUGUGGAUGAAACUCUGAUGUGUUCCUUUCAGAUAUUGAAACCAUCUGAAAAGAAAGCCAAGUACCAGUAUGGUGGACUGAAUUCUGGGCGUCCAGUCACUCCACCUCGCACAGCUAAUCCACCGAAGAAGAGGUGAAGAAAGGAAUAAUGUAGAAACACCAUCAGAUCUGUCAAGGACAAAACUCCAUAUUACAGUAUAUAAUAAGUGUGCACUGUAAAACCAUCCAGCCAUUUGACACCCUUUAUGAUGUCACACGUUUAACUUAAAGAGACGGGUAAAGGAUCUUUAUUAAUUUUUUCUAGUAGAAAGAUGUGCGACACUGUAUUGUAACAAGUAUAGCUCCAAGUUCUAAUAUCCAGCAUAGAGUUAAAAAAAUAUUAGGAAAAAACUAUUGCAACUACAUAUUCACAUUUACCACGGUUUUUAAAGUUGACCAACAUCCCAGUUAAAACUUGAUGUAAUAGUUAAACCAGAUGAGAGCAUGAUGUUCCAUUUGUGUAAUGUGGUCUUAUUGUUGCUUGAUUGCUUUUACUUUGGUUAUUUUGUAGCUAGAAUGAUGCAAAUAUGGUAUAUAGUCUUAUUUCCUGGCUCUCUUUUUGAAAUUGAAAUGAGGAAGGGGCUUUUUAGAACAGCCAUUUAUCUCUUAUCCUCCCCCUAGCCCCCUGUUGUUCAUAAUAAUGCCGUCCAAAUGUGUGCCCCAUUAUAAUGCAAAGUUUAUAGUAUGGUAGUGAUUAAAAGGCAAACUAAGUCCAAAAUGCUCAGACUGGACAGCUUGACAGCCAACAUAAAUUGAGACAGAAAAACUUGUCUUGACUUUUUAACUUAAACUGCCACACAAUGAAUUUGUGCACUACACUAUUUUAAAUUAUUGACGUUACACUGUGCUAUGGCACUUCAUUUAACUUAGGACAAAAAUGAUAUUGCCUAUUAGUUGGUAACUUGAUUAUGUGGUACCUUGGCUUUAGUUUUAUUAGCAUGAAACACCUUUGGCAUGCUUAGCUUCCAGGUAACUCCCUACCUGCAUCAAAAUUCAUCUUACAUAGUUCCACAGAACAUGAAGAUCCUUAUUUGCUAAGCCUUGGAAAGCUGACAUUCUUUUUCAUAAGAGGGUGUGUUUAAAUGGAUGCUCAUCAACGGACAAUAGGCUAGCUGACGAGUGGUGAGCUGAAAAUGCUAUAGGAAUGUCCAACAUGAUUAUAAGGCUUAUGUCACUAAAGAUUAUAUCCUUUGGAUUUUCAUGAUCAAAUUUCAUAUACUAUUGUAUAGACUUCUGCUUUGUAGUGUACUAUAGUAGCAAUAAUUUCUGUACAUGAUCAAGAGUUAUGCAGUAUUUCUUUUUAGUUCUAUCCUUUCUUAAAAAAGUUAACUUUGGCAAAUGGCAAGAUACAGAGAAGAUACAAAAUUUAUAGUAGGAUAAAUGAAAGGCACAGAUUUGCGAUGCUUUAGGAUGCAAUACUUAUUGGAUAUAACUACAAAAGCUUUUAUUGAAUAUUGUCAAAUUUGUAAGAUUAUUUGGGGGAAGGCUUCAGAUUUAUACCAUUCUAAAUGUGCAUCAGUAGAUGUAAAACUCUUGACUUCAGUAUUGUCUUUGAAAACGUUAAAUUGAGGAUUCUGGUAACUUACGUUUUAUGAACUGGCACAUUAUAUAAUGCAAGAGAUAUAUUGAUUUCUGACACAGUGAGCAAGUUCUUUAACGGAUUUAAGUCUCUUUUCUAAUUCCAUUUUGUUUUAAAUGCAUAUUUUAAAUGUAGGUUUUUUCAUUUAGUAAAAGUUGUCUAAUUCAUUUGAA